AUGAGGGAUAACCGCGAUUAUCUUAGAUGCAAUGGAAUUUCAUUUUUGUUCAUUGACUGUACAAUGCAGGGGAGUAGACCACGCAAUAACAGUGCCAGUAACCCUCCCCCUGAAAUUACAGAGAAGUAUACCAUUAAAAAGGAGCUCGGUAAAGGAGCUUACGGAACAGUAUACUUGGCUGUAGAGAAUGAAACCAAAAAAGAAGUGGCAAUCAAGCGAAUUGAUGACGUUUUUCGAACAAAAAUAGAUGCAAAGCGAGCUUUACGUGAAAUCGUGAUUUUGCGUCAUUGUCACCAUCCGAACAUUUGCGGUUUGAAAGGCUUAAUCGUACCGCCGGAUCAGUUUACCUACAAAAGUCUUUGGAUGGUACAGGAGUACGGAGGCUGGGACCUUUACCGCCUGCUCCGCAACUCCAAGCGCAUUUCGAAUUGGGGUGAAGCCCACAUCCGUUCCAUCAUGUAUCAGCUCCUCUGCGGCCUUCUGUAUCUCCAAAGCGGGAACAUUGUGCAUCGCGACCUCAAGCCGUCCAACAUCCUCAUCAACAGCCAAUGCGACAUCAAAAUCAUCGAUUUCGGCCUGGCCCGCCAGAUGAACCACCAAUACGCGGAGCAUCGCGAAUCCCGGCGACAUCGCGGAUGCGGGUAUCCAGCACCUCCCCAACCCGCAGCGCCAACUCACCCAGCACGUGGUCACGCGCUGGUACCGCGCUCCGGAGCUCAUUUUGAUGCAGGAAUCCUACAACGCCGCCAUCGACAUGUGGUCCGCCGGCUGCAUUUUCGCGGAGUUAUUGCAGACGCUGGAGCCGGGGAUGAAGGCGCAGCCGCUGUUUCCCGGGAAAACGUGUUUCCCGCUCAGCGCGGGGAGAAAAGAGCGGGGAAACAGCGAGAAGCUGGACGAGGAGUUUCGCGCUGA